CUAAAAUUUAUUUUGUGCGAGACCUGUACCCGGUUUCGUAUUGGAAUGCUUGUUUAGAUCCGAAAGUGCAACUCAUAUAUUUGUUUAGCAUCAUCAUCAUCAUCAUCCUGUAUGAUUCUAAAGCCAUGAAGAAAAAGCUCGAUACCCGUUUCCCUGCUGCCCGGAUUAAAAAGAUAAUGCAAGCUGAUGAGGAUGUUGGAAAGAUUGCCAUGGCCGUGCCAGUAUUAGUUUCCAAAGCAUUGGAAUUGUUCUUGCAAGAUCUUUGUGAUCGUACAUAUGACAUCACUCUUCGUAGAGGAGCAAAGACUGUUAACUCACUUCAUUUGAAGCAUUGUGUUCAAAGCUACAAUGUGUAUGAUUUUCUGAGGGAAGUUGUCAGCAAGGUCCCUGACUAUGGCCACUCAGAAGCUGGUGGUGAUGAGCGUACAAUGGCAAAGAGAAAGAAAGCUUCUGCUGAUGAAAUGAAUGAAAGUGAUGAUGAAUUGAAGAAAAAUCGGAUGAAUGAAGGCGGACAUACAAGCAGCAGUGGGAGAGGCAGAGGACGGGGUAGAGGAAGAGGCCGUGGCAGAGGUAGAGUAUCUGCAGAACGAGAUCCUCCCCCCACUGAACCUGAAUCUGUUCAUCACAGCAGCAAGCCCACAACCGACAUCCACUCGGAGUCCAUCACUGCAGUCGACGACGUUGUUCCAAGCAGAGGCUUCGAUCUCAAUGCUGGCCUUGAUGAGAAUACAGAUAAAGUGUCUGCUGCUGCAUCAGAUGGUGCUGCGCCACCACAACCACCACCACCAGCAGUGGUUGCAGAACCUAGUGAAGUUGCAAAUAAUGAGUACCCUGGGUGGUCAGUUUCAGAAAUCGACAGGAUGGCCAUUGACCCUCAUCUUGCACACGCCAACUCAAGGUUGGAUGAGGAAGAUGAAGACUAUGAUGAAGAGUAAUGCUUCUAUUAUUUCUAUUUUACUUCUUCUUCUUGUUAUAUGUAUUCUGUAUGUAUUCAUCAUUUCUUUGUUGUUGUUGUAGCCAUAUUAUCCUACUUCAUGGCACCUGUAACAAAAUAUUUAACAUUUAUGUAUGUGCUUUAGGCUUAAAUAUGGUCAUGAUAUUGUUUCCAA